AUGGCAUCUCCACCUACUCAAGAUGUCGUCGCCAGCGAGAGACACGUGUCGCGCUUCUCGGCUGGCGACGAUGACAUUGUCAACGAGCAAAAGGUUGCCUCGAAUGACGACUCAGUGCCCAAGCCUGGAGAGAAGAGCGAGUUUGAGAUCACCUCGGCUCCAGCGUACGACACUGACGCGCCUGAAAAGGGCGCCAUCGAAGGAGAAGUCAUCAUUGUUACUGGCGCUGACGCCGCUCACCACCUGCUGCCCCUGAGAGAUGACUUUGAUCCUGUCAUCACGUUUCGCAGCCUGCUCUUGGCCACGCUUCUCUCUGGUUUCCAAGCUGUGAUGCAGCAGAUCUACAUGUUCAAACCCACAUCUGUCACCCUAUCCGGAACUUUCACGGUCCUGAUUGCAUACUUUGCCGGCAACGCUUGGGCUGCCUUCCUGCCUCGCGGGGACAAGCUCGAGGCUCGCUGGAGGGCCAGGGGCGGCCAGGGUGAGGUACCUCGCUACAUCUGGCUCGCGUCGCAGAUCAACUACGGACCCUGGAGUCUCAAGGAGCAUGCUAUUGCGGCCCUCACCGCGACGUCCUCAUCCAAUGCCGGCGCCAGCGUCGAAGUCUUCGCAGCCCAGGACCUCUUCUACGACCUGCCCCUGAGUAUGGUCACCGUCGUGCUCUCCAUCAUCUCCAUCGGUCUCUUCGGCUACGGACUGUGCGGCAUCUUCCGCCCCAUCACCGUCUGGCACGUCGACGCUGUCUACUGGAGCACGCUGCCCGUUGUCAAGACCCUCCAGGGUCUUCACUGGCAGGAGGUCAAGAGCUCCAAGCCCCUCCGGGUCUUCUGGUAUGCCUUUGCCGGCAUGGCCGCUUACGAGGUUCUUCCCUGCAUCACCUCGAUGAACACGUCCCUUCCGCUUACGCUCCAGCUUCACUCUGGUAUUGGUUAUCUGAUUUGCAUGAUUGUCAUGCUGGCCAUCUACUACAGCAACACCUGGAGCGCCAAGUCGCAGCCGUUCAUGUCGACACGCCUACGCGCAGAAGAUGGGACCGUGUACCCCUCGGCCAAGGUGUUUGCCGGCGGCGUGCUGGACAAGGCGGCCUUCGCGCAGUACGGCGUGCCCAUGCUGACAGGCACCUUUGCGUACGCCAUGUUCAUGGCGAAUGCUGCUAUCGGCGCCUUGGUCGCUCACUGCAUCGUCUUCUGGGGUGGAGACAUCGUGCGCACCUUCAAGAGCGCGAGGAAGGGCGUGUACAACGAUCCUCACCACCAGCACAUGGUUAAGCACUACAAGGACGUGCCACACUGGUGGUAUAUUUCCGUGCUCGUCCUGAGCUUUGUCCUUGGCCUCGUUGUUGUGAUCAAGGAGAACAUUACCCUGCCGGCCUGGGGCUACGUAGUGUCAAUUUUGCUCGGCGUUUUGAUUGCGCCUUUUGUGAGUUACUUGAGGAUACUGAUGACGAAAAUGAGCGUUGCUGACAAGCCGCAGAGCACUAUUCUUUACUCAAGGUUCGGCAACGGCAUCGCCACGAACAACCUCUCCAAGAUGAUUGCUGGUCUCCUGCUGCCCGAGCGUCCUAUUGGCAACAUGUACUUUGCCGCCUGGUCUCACAAUGUCAUCGUCAACACCGUCAACCUGUCCAACGACCUCAAGAUGGGCGAGUACCUCAAAAUCCCGCCCCGCGCCAUGUUCAUCACCCAGAUCUACGGCACGGUCCUUGGCGGCUUCGUCAACUACGCCGUCAUGAGAGGCAUCGUGAACGGCAAUCGCGAGCUGCUCGUCGACAGCGACGGCAACAGCUCCUGGAGCGGCGCGACGAUCCAGUCCUACAACACCAACGCCACGUCAUGGGCGCUGGCCAAGUACCUCUACAAAUCAGGAACCCGCUACGAGGCCAUCCCCUUCGGUCUCCUCGUCGGCGCCGGCAUCGUCGUCGUGCAUCGCAUCUUCGCGCACUUCGUGCCCAGGAUCAAGCGCUUCUCGCUCUACGACCUCAACAUGCCCCAGCUGAUCCAGUACGCGGGCUACCUCCCCUACAACGCGUCGCAAACGUGCGUGCUCCUGAGCCAGGUCCUCAGCGGCCUCUUUGUGCAGUACUACCUCCGCAACCACCGCCCGCGCAUCUUCAGGGACUACUCAUACCUCGUGACGGGCGCUUUCGACGGCGCCAGUCUGACGGUCCUGUUCAUCUUGUCGUUUGCCGUGUUUGGGGCGGGUGGGAAGACGGUGCCGUUCCCGACGUGGUGGGGAAACAAUGCUGAUGGACUGUAUGACCACUGCCCGUCGCCGGAGUAG